AUGGAGGCCCUUUUGGCAAGGGCACGCACCAGAUCAUGUACCACUGUCCUGAUAGUCUUGGUGGCGGUGAUAGCAUUGGGUCUCCAUCAAUCAGCGCCAAAAACUGGCUGGCUUGACCGCCUAGUGCAGUACCACAAGGAAAGGUUCAUCAACGAACUUAGAAAGGUGAAAUCCUAUACACCUAAUACUGCCAGCACAACCAUCGAAUCUACUCCAUUUAAUGCAACUCUAUUACCCAGACCAGCUGGAUUCGUGGAUUCAGGUGAAUGGAAUUUUGACUCAGUGAUGAGACUUAUGAUUAUGUUGAAGUCUAGUGAAGCAGCCAAACCUACCCUCAGAACCUUGAGACGCAUGCUCCAACCCACACGACGUAUAAUGAUGUCCAUGAAAGAAAGCAUGCAAAAGUUCCCAGGAUUGAAUGCAGAAUCCAACGACAUUUACUAUGAGAUUGAGUAUACGAGUCAAGAGGACUCUGUGCCCGCUCCAGAAUCGCCCCCAGAAGAUCAAGUAGUAGUGGUAGUGUCCAACCCCGUCGAGGCUCGUUUACCAAGCACCCGCAUCAGCGUACAACUUCUUAGAGAAAUAUUGAUAGCCCGUGCACGAGCAGCAAGGCAGAUGCCGCCCACGAAACCGCCCGUCAUUCCAUGGAAACCUAUGAAAUCAACUACUACGACCGCGAAGUCUGCUUCACAAGCAUCAUCAUCAGCACCAGGUGAAUCAACACCACAACCAGAAGGAGAAUCAUCGCCAGGAGGAGAAUCAGAAUCAACCCCAGAAGGAGAAGGAGAAGCAGGAUCAAUCCCAGAAGGAGAAGCAGAAUCACCCCCAGAAGGAGAAGGAGAAGCAAACUCACCCCCAGAAGGAGAAGGAGAAGCAAACUCACCCCCAGAAGGAGAAGGAGAAGCAAACUCACCCCCAGAAGGAGAAGGAGAACCAAACUCACCCCCAGAAGGAGAAGGAGAACCAAACUCACCCCCAGAAGGAGAAGGAGAACCAAACUCACCCCCAGAAGGAGAAGGAGAACCAAACUCACCCCCAGAAGGAGAAGGAGAACCAAACUCACCCCCAGAAGGAGAACCAGGAACAUAAUAACGGUAUAGGAUUGUGUACACACAACAAAACAAUAUUUAUUUACAGUAUCAGUAGUUUCAAGAGUAAUUAACAAUUGUAAACAAGAUCUUAAAAUUCAAUACAGAACCUAUCAGCUGAAAAUAUUGUUUUUGUUUGCAAAAACUAUAACUGAAGUAACACGAACUACACAAACUGAGUUGAGAGAGAGGACAGAGUAGACUACUACUCUAUGCAAGUUUUUAAUGCAGACUAGUGCAAGAUUACACCUAAACCAUCCAAUUUUCAUAAUUUUGGUUUUUGGCUAAGAAUUAUACAAAAAAUACGACAUAAUUCAUGUAAAAUAAUUUUAUUACAGUACUUCUUAACUUUUGUUUUAACAAUCAAAACAUUACAUGUUUUACAAAAAUAACUUAUAUGUUUCAUAAUGGAACAGUAGUUUUAUAAAACUCGGAAAUGUUUGACACUUAUUGUUUUUAUACCGAUUCUAAAACGGAUAUGUCCCAGUGAGUUCCGUCUAAUAAGUAGAUAAUCCUUACUAAUAUUAUAAAUCUGAAAGUGAGUUUGUUUGUUUGUUCCACCUUCACGCCGUAACUACUCAACCGAUUGCUUUGAUUUUUUGCAGACGUAAAGUUAGAAGUCCGGAUUAAAUAAUAGGUACUUUUUAACCCGGAAAAAAUUGAUAUUCCCGAGGAAAAAGUAUUGGUAUAGAUGGCGCUGUGUAUAUUGGUAUAUGUCACAUAGGCUACUUUUUAUACUUUUGUGACGCGAGCGAAGCCGCGGGUAAAAGCUAGUUAUUAUAUAAAAUACGUUUAAGUUUUUCUUUCUCCCUUUUAUAUUAAGUCGGUUAAAAAUGACGCAGUGCACAAUUAAUCUUGCCAAACAGCCGUGGUCCUAUGAACAUUACCCCACUUCGCUACGACUACUUCGGAAAGGCUAAGAUUAUGCUUCAGUCUUUAGCAAGAAUAUUUUGAUGACCGAUCCAAAGAAAAAGGUAAUUGGUACCGAACUAUCCAACCUAAAAUUUGUAGGGUUAAGCGAAUCGAUUGUAACCAAAACAAAAUUAUAACCAGCUUUGAGGCUUCUCUCUGAACACAUUCCACCAAAUAAGUUUUAUAAUCUAACUACUCUCGCGCGGUUACAUCCGCUCUGCUCGUCUGCUAUUGGUUAUAGCGUGAUGUUUUAUAGCCUAUAGCCUUCCUCGAUAAGUGCACUAUCCAACACAAAAAUAAUUAUUCAAAUCGGACCAGUAGUUCUGGUGAUUAGCGCGUUCAAACAAACAAACAAACAGAUUCUUCAGCUUUAUAUGAUAAAAAAAAAUAAAAAAUAUAAAAAAAGUUGCAUUGCCAAAUUGUAAUGUAUCUGGUGAUAGAGGACGUUCUUCAUGUUUAGAUCGACAGGCCCGAAAACUAUCAUAUUCGUAACGUAACAGUAUCGAGCGAGUUAUGCGUUCAGAGGGCCAAGCACGAAUAACUAUCGCAUUCGUAUCGUAACAGUAUCGAGCGAGUUAACCGUUCUGAUUGGUUGGUUCACUUGAGCCGGCCAAUCAGAGCGCCGAACGCGCUCGAUACUAUUACGUUACGAAUGCGAUAGUUAUUCCUGCUUGGCACUCAGAACGGUGUUCAGAGUGGUCGGCUCUAUUGAACCUACCAAUUACGUUACGAAUGCGCUAGUUAUUCAUGCUUGACACUCUGAUGGAGUGUGUCCGGAAUGAAAGUGUUAGUGUUGCAUCCAUUGUCACCAAAGACACGCACUCUCUACAAUACGGGUUUUGUAAAAGUAUCCUUGCUUCCCCAAUUUGUAAUAGGAUAGCAUUUGUAUUAAUUGAUGUUUAGUCUACAUAUAGACGAUGAUGACCUAAUAUGAUUUAGACGGCACUGGGUGAUGUUGCCUUUGAGACACAAAGCUCUUAAAAUAAUAAUAAAAAAAUACAAUACUAGCACAUAUCCCGGUUUAGCAUUGAGGUCUAUUACAUUACUACAUUUGACAUUGUUUUUUUUUUAAGUAUGUUUAAGCUAGGCAGAAGUGCACAUCACGUCACUUAAUGCCACCUGAAUGGGUAAGCCUAUUGCCAUAUACCGGGCUACAAUAUACAUUUUUAUAUUAUUUACAUAAACACAUUCCAGUUUGUGAAUCUCAAAGUUGUUUAUCCUUUUAACAUCGACUUACACUACGAUUUUAUCUAGUAUCAAUGUACAAAACAUACAAAUUUCACAUACACGUCAAACUAAGACUUGAAACCACAAUUUGUAGAUCACACAAUGUUGGAAUCGAACCUGGAGCACAUUCCGCAGCAGCCGAUUAUUCUGCCACUCCUCCAACCGUGCAAGUCAUUGAAGUUGAGGCGCAUUUUUGCAAAAAAUCAUUAAUUGGGAAUUUUACUUUACAAGCCUAACUAGACAUCGAACCCAAGACCAUUUCAGCAUUCACCGAUACCGCUGGAGUCACAUCUUUGUAGGUGUAGACAGCAACUACUAAGGGCCACCUAAUGCAUACAUACUUCUUUGGCUUCCAUCAAAUUCAUGCAACCGGUUGGAGGCUACGGUAUCGCGUAAAUACAAUUAAAAACUUCAUUAACUCGUCGAGUACCGGUUUUAUAGACACAAUUAAAGAACAAUAGGUCGCGGUCACCGGUGACCGCUUGGUAUUUGACAGUUUAACAUAGCAAUUUCAACCUUAUUUCUAUAGCAUAAUGUAUACAUUUUAGGAAAUUUCAGGGUGUAUUUUUCGAAAUCCGCAUACGGAUUGUACAUUCGUUCAAUAUUCAAAUAUGCUUGAAGCAUUUUUGGCUUCGAAUUUGUGCAUCCUUAAGAGCACUAACUUUUUUAAUGUUUCAAACAAGUACAAGUUUAUAUUCGCGAUUAUAAUAAUUAUUAUGAAAUAGUAGAUUUGAAUGAGCUCAGUGUCUGAGCAUUGUGGUGACGCACGGAACAUCGUGCUUAGCGCCAAUAUCAUUGCUUGCCUCGUUUGCCGGGUGGCUUCUGCAGCUGGAACCCUGCGGAAGUGUCUGCUUGCGGGAGUCCAAAGCUAGUGUUCAGUGAAGUGUUCAGAGCCGGCUGGGACUGGGGCUGCCACGAGGGACC